GCCGCGUCAGGACCGAGGAAGCAGAGGCCGGUGUGCUCGCACGGCGCCCGGCCAUGUGCUGAGGGAGGCCCCCAGGACUCGGCUCGGCUCCCGGUGUCGCGGGUGUGCGUGAAACAGCCCUUCUGUGCUCCCGGUGUGACUCUCGAAUCAUGGCGAGUCCAAGAACAAGGAAAGUUCUGAAGGAAGUCAGAGCACAAGAUGAGAACAAUGUCUGUUUUGAGUGUGGUGCCUUUAACCCCCAGUGGGUGAGUGUGACCUAUGGAAUUUGGAUCUGUCUGGAGUGCUCAGGAAAACACCGAGGCUUGGGAGUUCACCUCAGUUUUGUACGUUCUGUAACCAUGGACAAGUGGAAGGAUAUUGAGCUGGAGAAGAUGAAGGCUGGAGGUAACAGCAAAUUCCGAGAGUUCCUGGAGUCUCAGGAUGAUUAUGAUCCCUGCUGGACAAUGCAAGAGAAGUACAACAGCAAAGCUGCAGCUCUCUUUAGGGAUCAGGUAGCUACAGUAGCUGAAGGAAAGGAAUGGUCGAUUGAAACUUCUCCUGCAAGGAACUGGACCCCACCUCAGCCUAAAACAUCUCUUUCUCCUUCUCAUCGUAGUUAUGCUGGACAAUCUCAGACUGCAACUGCCUCUUCUGACAAGGCUUUUGAAGACUGGUUAAAUGAUGAUGUCAGUUCCUACCAAGGUGGCCAAGAGAAUCGCUAUGUUGGGUUUGGCAACACAGUAAACCCUCCAAAAAAAGAGGAUGACUUCCUGAACAAUGCUAUGUCCUCACUGUACUCGGGAUGGAGCAGUUUUACAACUGGAGCAAGCAAAAUUGCCUCUGCUGCUAAAGAGGGUGCUACCAGGUUUGGAUCUCAAGCAAGUCAAAAGUUUUGGGGCUACAAGCAGCAGCCAGAGCCGGCAUCAGAGUUAGGUCAGACAUUAAAUGAAAAUGUUCUCAAACCUGCACAGGAAAAGGUGAAAGAGGGGAAAAUAUUUGAGGAGGUCACCGUGGGGGUAUCCCAGUUGGCCAGCAAGGUUCAGGGAGUUGGGAGUAAGGGAUGGCGAGAUGUCACCACUUUCUUUUCUGGCAAACCAGAUGAUAAUGCUGACAGACCCCCGGAGGGAGGCAGCUACCAGAACAGUGGUGGGGAGAGCUACCAGAACAGUGCUGUAGAUCAGAGCUUCUGGGAGACCUUCGGCAACUCAGAUCCACCAAAAGCUCAUAAAUCUCCAAGCAGUGAGAGCUGGACCUAUGUGGACAAUUCCACAGAGAAGAAGAGCUCCGAUAGCUGGGACGUGUGGGGCUCAGGAACAGUCUCCAACAACAAGAACAGUAACAGCGACAGUUGGGAAAACUGGGAAACCAACUGGGAAAAUUCAGGAGGAGAGAGCAAGACCAGAAAACCUCCUAAGGCAACGAAAAAGGCAUCUUCAGCUGGUGAUGGGUGGGAUAACCAGAACUGGUGAACUCUGUUAACCCUGUUUUGCACAGCUACCAAAGGGAGGCUGUGCUGGCUGAUGGAGGGGAGAAGAUUUUACAUGCAGUUGGAGUAUUGUGGUUGACCUUUACUGAUCUGUUACUUUUGUGCUUCCUGUUCAUUCUCCUUUCUUCUAUCCUGGUUUAGAAAAACAGAAGUAGCAUCUGAAUCUUUUAUUGCAUAAAGGUGGCUCUCCCUUUUUUAAGCCUAGUGCUGACUGUAUCCUCCUUGCACUGUCAAAGCUGGGUACAGUGACUCUCUUAACAUGACAGUUCAAAGGGAAGAAAGCAGUGCAAGCGCAUCUUCAUGGCACGGCCUUGCAUGUAUAGGUUAAUAGAUGUUCAUCCAAUCCUUGUGUAACUUGAGAUGACCUGAGGUGUUCAGUGCAAAGGAAGGACAGGGUUUGUCUUGAAAAGAUAUCCAUUAAAUAACAAGCUGCGGUUGAAUAGAUGUAUUUCAAAUGCCUUACGGAUUGCUGUGACAAUUGCUGUCUGACAAUUCAAGAUGGCCAUUAAGAUAUUUUCUAUUGCAGCUUUGAUUUUAAACUUUGAGGGUUCUUUUUUAGCCUUUUAAAUCUUAUUUUUUCCCCUUAAUAAGGAAUCUAGAGCUAGAGAAUUCCUUGUGUAAACUCAUAGUUCUGACCUGAGCUAUCAAGGGAUAUCCAGAGUGGCUCUGCCUGCCCUUCUUGCUCCAUGGGUCAAGACUUUGUGCAGUGCAGCUCUUCUACACAGACAAAAUGCCAGUCUGUGGUGUUCUCUUUCCCCCAGUUUGACUAUUUUAUAUAGUCUGGUUUUUAUUCUUGUCUUUCUUCCUUCUACCCAUCAUUUUUAUCAGAAGAGAUAAAAUAGAAAUCAUUCUGCUGCUCACAGCCUUUUGGAUGUCUGUUUGGCAGCUUGGCAGUGAAACAGAUCUAUAGAAAAGAUUCCAGUAAUAUAAAGGAGAUGGAAAAUAUGAGGACAUUGAGGAGAGUGGCUGGCAGCAAGCCCCUUCAAGAUGAGUAGAUGUCUGGCUUCGAUAGUAAAGUUUAAGUUAAGCAGAUGUUUUCCAAAUGAAUCUUUAAUAUGUCAAACUAUCUCAGUUUCUGUCUUGGAUUUCUCCACAUUUUCUUCCUCGAUCUUGUUAAAGAAACCCUAUUUUGGGAACUCCAGAAACUCCUUGUCAGCAUUAAGGAAUGGAAUAGAAGAUUCAGUUAUGUCUCUGCUUUGACCCCACAAACUGCUUUGCAUGAAACGAACCAUAACUUCUACAGAAGAACUGUGACUGUAAGGACAAAGAUGUCCUAUGUAUCCCAUUUUAUUUUUGGGGUGGAUUGUAAAUGUACACUCCGCCCAGAAACAAGCAGCUCACUUGGAAACUUCAAAUCAUGAUGUCAUUGCAUAGUCUGCUUUCAUACCAGCAUGGAGUUCUCUACUGUGGAUCUUGAUACAUGCCUAAAAAAGCCUUUUCUUAAAACGAGUUAAUUUCUUCAAGCAAACAACUUAAGUUGUCAAAGUUCCCUUAAAUACUGCUUCAUCUCUUUUUUUCUCUUCUUGGAUGUUUUUGAGCCUACAGUAAUGUGAAGAGAUUUAAAGGGAAGGGAAAUUAUGAAUCGCUUCAAAAGUAGCAGAUUUUAAAGGCUUCAGUCUAUGUAGGAGUAGCUCUAUUUAUAGCCUCAUUCUGUAUUUCUAUUAGUAGGAUCUUUCAGAUGGUGAGCAAAGUAUUUUUCUAGUCUUCUCUAGCCCUGUCCUGUGAGACUUGGCAUGUCUCUUUAUUCCCCUUGCUUCUCCUGACAGUGUGGUCUCUGCAGGACCCAGACACUACUCCAGGCUGAGCCAUCCGAGGCACGUUCUCACCACCACGCUGACCCUUUGGAAGUGAGAGCUCUCAGUUUACAAUGCUGCUUGUGGGUACCAUUGCAGACGUUUACAGCCUGACUUGGAAAACAAGGCUUUUGUUCUUCUUUUCCUCCAGUUCCAAGUAUACCUUUGUCAUAGCUUAACUGCAUGUCAAACGUAACCUUGUAUUUUGAUGCAUACACCUCUGUUGCCUACUUGUCAUUUGUGUGCUGCCCAGUCCGAAGCUGUAAUGCAUGUGCUCAGAGCAAGUGCCACAUGGGUGGCAAGUGGCACUGCCUGGUCCUUGACCAACGGUUUGUCUUUGUGAAGUGUUGCGGUGAUGGCAAAACCUAUCCAAUGGGUUGCACUGCUGGUGUCUGUCUGGAGUGAUGUGAAGCUGAUCCAGCUUCCUGUGUAUGACUUUACUACACUUUCAUAAACCUCCUGAAAUA